AUGAACAUCAGAGAACACAUUGCAAUUUUAGUGGAAAAGCAUCCGAACCUAUGGUUGCCAUCGCAUGAUGACUAUCACAAUAGGGACCUACGCGCAGCCACAUGGAACAAAAUUGUCGAUUUGUUGCUUGAACGUGGUAUCGCGGCUGAUUAUUUUACAUCGACUAGUUCUCAAUACGAAUCAACGAACCGAAAGAGGCCUGUUGAAGAAAUAGAGAUACCGCUACUUGGACAACUUUCUGAAAAGAAAAAGACCCACACACUGAAAAGAUCCCGAGUGGUUGACAUGUGUGAUGAAGAUAGAGGUGCUUUCCGCGAGGUCAUUAACACAGUUAAAGAAGGAGUGGAGGCGGUCAGAAGGAAUGACAAGUUCGAUACGUUUGGCAUUUUCGUGGCUCAAAACCUGAGAGAUAUGGACGAAGCGAAAGCUCAAGAGAAGAUACAUGUCAUAGUAACGACUCUGGGUGACGGAAUUUAG